GUGAUAUGACUAUACCUAUGUGCAUAGUAAGAAACUGGGGAAACCUGGGCCCAGUGAAAUGAAAUUAUAGUCCAUAUUAUGGAGCAUAUGGUCCCAUGUCCAAAAUCACAUAAACUAGCAGUCCCACGAAAGCUAUGGAAAAGCACCAAAGUCAUAAGUACGUGAUGCUUAUGUGUUUGCUUAUGUUUAUUUAGUAAAUUUUCCUCAUGUAUACAUACAUGUGUAUGUACAUGUGUGUGUGCACAGCGAUGAAUCUAUGUGUGUGUGCGUGGUGGAUGGAGUGGUGUCAAGUGCACUCCAUUGAGUAGAAACAAGUCAUUUAUGUCAUCUGAGACUAGAAAAGCUAAACUAGCCCAUAAUUUAUCUCUUUGCAUCUGCGGUACAUUUUAAGAUGACUCUGUCAUUAGCCGUCUAAACUCUUUCUACUUGAUCCUGAAACACAGCAUGCCUCCCGAUGAUGAACAUGAGCUGCAGACUAUGAUUCCAGAUGAGAGAGAAGAACUGCAUGUAGGUGGAAAGCAACUAGUAGGCUUCAUGCAGAGAAAGAAUUUCUUUUCCUCCGGCUUGGUCUCACUGUAAACAUUCCGCUUCAGAGAAAUAAAAUGGUAAGGACAAUUGAGGAUAGAGAUGUAUUUAUGGCUUUUCCUAAUAUAUUUGGGGUUAUAUUUAAAGACGAGCCUUUGGUGCACAUGCUUUGGUUCUUAGAAGUAAGCUAGUCUAAGAUAUGAUUUGUGAAAAUCACACCCAAGUGACUCAAUUUAUUCUUCUCGGCUUCACAAACAACCCUGAAAUGCAAGUUUCCCUCUUUGUUUUAUUCCUGCUCAUCUAUUUGGUCACUUUGUUGGGCAACUUCCUUAUUGUCACCGUUACCAGUGUGGAUCCUGCUCUUCAAACACCCAUGUACUUCUUUCUCAGAAACCUGUCCCUUCUUGAAGUCUGUUUCACCUUGGUCAUGGUGCCGAAGAUGCUGGUAGAUCUGGUGUCCUCAAGGAAGAGCAUCUCUUUUGUAGGCUGUGGUACCCAGAUGUACUUCUUUUUCUUCUUUGGCAGCUCUGAAUGUUUCCUCCUCUCCAUGAUGGCUUAUGAUCGCUUUGUGGCCAUCUGUAACCCUCUCCGUUAUUCAGUCGUAAUGAAUAGGUCGCUGUGUUUGUGGAUGGCUCUAGGUUCUUGGAUGUCUGGUGUUCCUGUCUCUAUGCUGCAGACAGCUUGGCUGAUGGCCCAUCCUUUCUGUGGACCAAACACCAUAGACCACUUCUUUUGUGAUGGGCCCCCAGUGUUGAAACUAGUCACCCAGGAUACAACCAUGUAUGAAAUGCAAGCACUUGCCUCCACACUGCUAUUUAUCAUGUUUCCCUUUUCCCUCAUUUUGGUCUCCUACACCCGUAUUAUUAAAACCAUCUUGAUGAUGCCCUCUGCUACUGGCCGCCAGAAGGCAUUCUCCACUUGUUCAUCCCACCUCAUUGUGGUAUCCCUUUUCUAUGGAACGGCCAGCUUGACCUACCUACGACCCAAAUCCAACCAGUCCCCUGAGAGCAAGAAGCUAGUGUCAUUGUCCUACACUGUCAUCACACCUAUGUUAAAUCCUAUCGUCUACAGCCUGAGGAACAAUGAGGUGAAGGGGGCAGUUAAGAGGACUGUCACUCGAAAAGUCUUACGGAAGUUAGAUGUGCCUUGAAUUCUCCUGUGUAGAGUUUCUGUAAGCAAAGUAGGAGCACCAGAACCCAUGAACAAAAGCUUAAAAGGAAUGGGGAGUUUGCUCUUAUUUUGUCAGGGUCAGUUACCAUGAUGGGUGAACCUUAUUGUCGCCAUUGGAGUCACAGUUCAAGUUGGGAUAACUGCGAACAUCUUUAUGAAGGGAUUAUUGACAAAUCGUGGGGCAGCUCAUAUGAUGGAAAUUCCAUAUCUCUUGAGCUGAAGGAGAAGGAGAAGAGGUAUUAACUGGAGCCUGGAGAAGAGUAGUCAUCUCAGCCUAAUUCUGCUCUCAUUCUCUCAAAUGUACUGCUGGUGCAUGUUCUUAAUCAAACCAAAACUGGGACAGAGUGCAGGAGUGUCCACUGAUGCCACAUGUAUGGGAUAGGCAUCUGGAGCACAAGUCAGAAUGGAAAGUGAUGAAGAGUAAAUGAAACCAUCUACCACAAACCAUUGUAUAUUCUGCAGCUAAUGUGAUGCAAAGACUAAUCAUGUACUGUGUUUUGAAUGAAUUUUGAACAAAGAUAUUGAAAGGUGGAGAUUUGUAAUUCCCAAGGAUUCCUGGUGCAAAUUCUUUAUAUCUGUGCCUGGUUUAAAUGAGGUUACUUAAUAAAAUAACCUUAGUAUUAAUAUUUGGUGAUAUGACUUUGGACUUCUUUGAUCAUUGGAUAAA